AUGAACAUGCAGCCAUCGUCUAACAUGUGGCAAUUGCCACCGUCUCUCUCAGACAUAGAGUUAGAGGGAGUGUUAGAUCCAAAUGGAGCAACACCGUGGCUACAGCAUGAUGCCUUCGACUUUGAUCCUCUGCACGACCCUAGUGCACAUGAGUCUGAUCCUAUCGGCCUAGAUUGGUCCCAGUGGAUGAACUCAGAGUCACACCAUGAUUCACCCUACGUCCAACCGAAACUUCAAGAUCAACAGCCUCAGGAUCCGGGCAUGAUCCACCCCAUUGACCCAUUAUCAAUGAAAGGGAGUGUGGAGUAUCCCCAACAACAGCCCAACCUGUCAAAUGUUUCACAGUGGCUUGAUGGGGCUUAUCGCCCUCCUGUUCCCUGCGCACAUUGCCGCAGGCAUCGCCUGCAAUGCUUAAUCAUCAGAACCACGUCUGCAAACCCGAAUCCAAGAACAUCGUGCUCGAGUUGUGUAGCUCUGUUCCGGGAAUGCAGCCUGGCAAAGGGCGAGAAACGCCAUCCAUCCGGCUUUGAGACUCUUUCUCCCGUCCUGGGCCAUCUGCAUGGCGUUGCAGAAGAUGAAAAUGCCAUGGGAGCCAAUCAAGAGCACGGCGAAGAACGAAAAGAGCCCAGGCAAUUUGUCAGGAAAGGAGCCAGGGUGCUCCGAGAAUGGUUCCAUCAUAAUCAGGAAUACCCGUAUCCCACAGAGGCGCAGAAGAAUCAACUCUCGCUGGACACUGGAUUCUCACAGAAACGCAUUUCGACUUGGUUUGCGAAUGCCCGCCGUCGUCAGAAACAGAAAAUCCAGUCAUCAGGCAUUCCGUCAACCUCUCGUACCCGAGCAGGGUCCCCCAUGGUCAAAAGCACAUUAUCUUCCCUGACUCCUAUGGAAAGAUGGCAGGCUUCUCCUCCAGAGGAUGAACCUGUGCCAGAAACAGCGAUACAAAACGCCAUCUCGAACUCAAUAGACACGGAUGACUCUUUCGAUCCAUUCCAAUUCGAUCCUUCGGGGAUGGAGUUCUUCGAUUUCGACGAAAGCUCGUCGCAUCUUGCAUCCUCGGUAUCUAGUUUUGGCAGCAAAGCAUCAGAAACCUCCGACAGUGGCUCUUCGGCGUGGAGCCAUCAUUCAUUGAGAGACUCAGGACUGUCAUCCCAACUUCCCAAUCCGUCGAGACCUAAGCGAAUCCGUGGCAGACAAAGAGCAACUGGGGACUAUCAUUACCAGUGUACAUUCUGCGCGCAGUCUUUCAAGAAAAAGCACGACUGGUCCCGUCAUGAAAAGAGUGUCCACCUCACUUUGGACUCGUGGGUAUGCACCCCAGAUCUCAGUAACGUUCAGCAGGCCUUCGAUCUCCAAUCAUCUGAAUGUGCCUUUUGCGAUACAUUAUUUCCAACACCUGCCCAUUGGGAUGAACAUGAUUUCAAUGUCUGUGUCACCAAACCGGUCACAGAGCGGUCUUUCAGCCGAAAGGAUUAUCUGUGGCAGCAUUUGCGCAAAUUCCAUGGCUGUACUAAACUACCCAUAUCGGACCUCGACGCGUGGCGCGGAUCGGGCGCAAACGUUGAAAGCCGAUGUGGUUUCUGCGGGUGUUCCCUGUCGACGUGGGCAGAGCGUGCCGAGCAUCUGGCCGAUCACUUCAAGAAGGGAUCUCGGAUGGACGAGUGGGAAGGUCACUGGGGAUUCGAUGCUUCCACCAUGAGCGUUCUACGGAAUGCUGUCCUUCCGGCUCAGCGUCUGGUGGCUUGA